AUGCGAAGCCGAACUGCUGGCGACACCAGCUUUCGUGUUCCUGCGUGUGCUCGGAGCUGGCUAGCUCUCUCAACUUUGCGCGCGGGUGUUCUCCUUCGCCGUUCACCGACAAAAGCGCGGUCGAGCGGCCCUCCAGCUGCUCUUCCAUGGUUGAUAUCCACAGAAGCCUCUUUUUACAUCAAUCCUACGUCUACAAUGUCCACCAUCUUCUCGUUUGGUUGGCCCCCGGGUUAUGCAGAGGACAACCGUGACUCCUUCGAAUACUGCAUCCAGCACCGCGUCGUGGUAUCAAUCGUCAAUCUUAGCGACUACCUGGGAGCCGCUGGUGUCCACCGAGAGCAACUUACCGUCUCCGUUAUUGUCAACGUCACCGACGACCCAACCCCUUACUCCCGCCUCUCGCCGCUAAGGCACUGCCGCCGGCUGGGCAAGGCGGAGGUGCAAUGCGUCCUUCAUCAGCAGCAAUUAAGUCAACCUUUUCAAUCGGGGGCCAAAAGAAGCGGCUUACUAACAAAGAGCACAGAUUCAGCGCCGACAAGGCCACUGCCAGAUCUUCUUCAGCCAGCUUUUCCCUACGCCGCGCGACGUCGAACAACUUGUCAGGAGAGACUCCAAGCGCCUCUUUGA